AUGAGUGUACAUAAUGAAGUAACAAAAAGAGCAAUGUACACCUUUCGUCCUAUAAUACCAGAGUACAAUAAAUAUGCUACAUAUUUACAUAAUUAUCCUGAAUUUGUUCAGGCUGGGUCUUUUUUUCCAGAUUGGGGAUACGGUUGUAUGGGAAACGAUGAUGCUUCCGAAGAAGCGCAUUGGCUGCCUUUCAUGAAAUCUAGUGUGGAACAUAUUCGCGAAAAAUAUGACAUCGCUACCUGGGAACAGGAUAGCGUGGCGCAGGGGGUGAUAUCGUUUUUAUUUGCAGUCGUUUCUCAUGAAGUUGCGGAUAUAACCUGGCAUAGUAUAGAAAUGAAAUCGGGGUUUAUACGUGCAAUGGCAUCUUUAAAUUUUAUGAAUAAUUAUGCAGCGGCUCAUGAAGUGGCUGAUGUCGGAGGAGAAUUUACGUUAGCUCAUAUGACAAAUUUAGAUUAUUUCAUAGAUGAAUGGAGUCUUCCGAUUGAUGAUUUGGUGGAAAUAUAUCAACGUACAAAUCAGACCGUUGAAGGGAAUCAAAUCGAAAUCUGUGUUAAAAAAGCGUUUGCUGCGGCUCAAAUGAAUAAAUCUCCAUUCUUAAUUGAAAUGUUCGAAGCAUACCAUAAAGGAGGUCUCAACAAUAUGGCUGCAGAUGUAACAGAUUGUUGGCACGAAUUAGCGAAAUGGUUUGAGUUCGGAACCAAUAACAACGAAUUAUGUAAUACAUUUCGAAUGGUAGCUGAAAAACGAAAGAAACGAGAGAAUAAAUAUCACUCUCAUAAAGAUUUGACAAAUUUUCUAUACAAUUAUUCCGAGGAAUUAUUGGAGAUCACAGGAUAUAGUAUAAGAUAUCAUAAAAAAAAUGGUAUUGGAACGUUCGAAAUACAUCGUCAAUUAUCAAGAGACCCGAUUACGAACGAGCCUUUCCCUGAAUCGCAAGAUUUCAAUCCUUCAGAAAAGGAAAAAAAUGUAAAAGUGGAAGAGUAUGGAUUUGAUCAAGUAUUUCAAGAUGUUCUGACAAAAGAUGAAAAAAUAUCAUUAUCGGAUGAAAAUCAUGUUUCAAUAAAUUUACCUUGGACAAAUUCGGAUCAUUUAUUACCUUCAUCCUAUUCUUAUUCAUCUAAUAUUUCCACAGAACCGUUCGAUGCAACAUGUCGUCUAGUCCCCAAUGAUCCAAACAAAGUUCAAACAAUAAAUAUUCCUUACUCUUAUGCUCAUUUUGGCCAUGAUAUGGUGGUUGGGGAUUUCAAUGGGGAUGGGAUUCAAGAUUUAGCAAUUAGUGCACCAUUCUAUUCAAACCUACCGGAAAUACCACAAGUUGGAGCAAUAUUUAUAAUAAAUGGAAGAAAAUCAGGAUCAUUUAAAUUUUCACCAAAAUCAUCAAACAUUCUUGAUCUUGCUGAUAAGAUAAUAUAUGCAUACAACUCGCGAGAUGGAAAUAAUAAUGAAGCACAAUCGAGAUUUGGUUGGUCAAUGAGUGUUGUGGAUUUAAAUAAAGAUGGUAUAGAUGAUUUGGCGGUUUCUGCACCAUCAUUUGGAGCAAAUAAAUAUAUUUAUAGCGGGAAAGUUUAUGUUUAUUUUGGAAAGAAAAAUGAAGGGUUAAAGGCAGAUAUGGCAGAUCUGGAGAUUAACUCAAAACGGAAUGUAUCUGAAUAUGACUGGCAAAUUGAAGCAUUUGGACAAUAUAUGAGUGCUGGGGACGUAGAUGGUGAUGGAUUUGCCGAUUUAUUAAUUGGAUGUCCUUAUUGUGGAAUGUAUAGUGAAGAGAAAGAGAAAAUCUUAUUACAUACUGGAGGGGUGUUCGCAUUCCUAAGUUCCAGUGAUCAUAAAGGAAAUAUAACAGUUUAUGAUUAUGAUUGGUCGAUAAUAAGUCCAGGUGAUCAUGAAUACGAAUGGUUUGGUUACUCGAUAAAUUAUUAUAAAUCUGAUUCUAUGCAAAAUCCUAUAAUAAUUGUUGGAGCACCAGGAUAUCAUGAACAUUCAAUUACACCAAUGGUUGGUAGAAUUUACGGGUUUGAAAUCAUUGAUAAAGUUGAUCAGAAUGGAAAAGGUCCUGUAAAGAUAUUUGAUUUAUGUGGAGUUGAAGAAUUCCAGGGAUUUGGAAGUUCAAUUAUUGUUGGAGAUUUACUUGAUAAUGGAGAAAGUUAUAUUCUCGUUGCUUCAAAUUCUGAGACACAUAGAAAAAAGUUUCCUCAAUAUGGCAAUUUUUGGCAAGCAGGAGCAAUAAGGUUAAUUAACAUGCAAUAUCUAAAGGAAGAUAAAAAGUUAUCUGAUGAGGAUAUGAGCUUAGGAAGAGAAUUACUGGCAUUAUUACGUGGAUCAGAAAGUGCUUCACGUCUUGGAAGUUCAUUAUUAUGGGAUAUUAAUGAGAAAUCAUUAUGGGCUUCUGAACCAUUUACUUAUUGGGAAUCUGGACAAAUAUUUAAAUAUUCAAUAGGAUCUUCUUUGGUUUCAGAAGUAUGUUUGGUUGGAAGAGAACGUCAAGCCAGGUUUGGAAAUAAAAUGAUAAAAUUUGAUUUUAAUGGUGAUGGUAAAAACGACUUGGUGGUGAAUUCUGAACAUUCAAGUUAUGCUGCAAG